GGAGCUCGGAGCUGGAAGCUGGGAGCGGGCGGAGCGGCCCCGACGGCAGGAUAUUUUUUCAACUUUAUGGCGUUUCUAAUGUGUUGAGUUAGAGUGCAAACACGACAAACUUUCUGUUUUGUUGUUGGCUUUUAAACGAUUGUUGAAUUAAUUGAAGAUGUGGGAUCAAGGUAGUCAACCUUGGCAACAGUGGCCUUUAAGCCAGCAACAGUGGAUGCAAUCAUUUCAACAGCAACAAGAUCCAAGUCAGAUUGACUGGGCGGCAUUAGCACAAGCAUGGAUUGCUCAAAGAGAGGCCUCGGAGGAAUCUGUUACUGCACAACAGCCAGUAAUAAUACCCAAUGGACAGGCAGUACAUGGCAUUGAAAAUAGUCAAGACAAUCAUGGCAAUUUUUCAGGAGAUCCUAAUUUCAACAGAAUAUGGGAACAGGGGUGUGGCAUUCCCGAGUACAGCUUGGGAAUUAAAAAGAAUACAAUGGGAGAAAAAAAACCUAAUUGGCUGAAUAACAACUGGGGAAUGCAACAUCAUCGACCACCUCCCCCACCACCAGACCAGCAGUGGAUACCAACCCCAGCUCCCAUGGACAUAGUCCCUCCAUCGGAGGACAAUAGCCAAGACAGUGGUGAGUUUGCACCAGACUCUAGACGUAUGUUCAAUCAAGUCAAUAACAACAAUUUUGGAGGAGCACCAGAAAACUUUGGAAUGGGAUCUGUGCCCGUCAGCCAGUUUGAUUAUCAGCAUGGUGCAGCUUUUGGUCCCCCAGGAGGAUUCCAUCCACCUUAUUGGCAACCUGGGCCACCACCUAACCGUAGAGACAGACCAUCUUACAGAGAUCGUCCACGGUCACCCAUAGCAGUAAAACAAGACCCUCCUGCACUUGAUGCUGUGAAACGUAGAACGCUGCCGGCUUGGAUUCGUGAGGGUCUGGAGAAGAUGGAGAGAGAGAAGCAGAAAAAACUUGAGAAGGAAAGAUUAGAAAAAGAAAGGGCUCAGUCUUCAAAACACAAAAAAGAUCCUGAAGAGGUGUCUGAAGAAACUGAUGGGCCACGAUUGCCUCACAAAAGUAAAUUUGACAGCGAUGAUGAAGAAGAGGAGUAUGAAACGACUGAAACCAAAAAUAAUGACAAACCAAGUCGGAGUCCUUCACCUGUAGCUCAGGAAGAACAGAGCGAACCAGAAAUGACGGAAGAAGAAAAAGAAUUUCAGAUGAUGAUAAUGAUGAAGAUGCUGCUUACAGAAGUGCUUUUAGAAGUAACAAAUGAAGAGAUAUAUUAUGUUGCCAGAGAAGCUCACCGGAAAGCCACUAAAGCUCCUGCAAAGCAGCUGGCACAGUCCAGUGCACUGGCUUCUCUAACUGGACUUGGUGGACUGGGCGAUUAUGGAUCGGAUAGUGAAGAUGAAAGAAGUGAGAGAGCAUCUGAAUCCUCAGAUACAGAUGAUGAAGAAUUACACCGUAGAAUCAGACAAAAGCAGGAUGCCUUUAGACGCAAAGAAAGGGAAUUACAGUUGUUGCUACAACAGCAGCACGAGAAACAAAUGGAAGAUACAAAGCAUCUACAGGAGGGUAAAGUUUUCAGGGAGAUGGAUACAAAGGAACAGAGUAAGGAACAUGGUGGAGGUGUAGUGAAACAGGAAGGGAAAGAAAAGGAUUGUGAAAUUAUUCCUGAAAAGAAAAGAACUCACAGUGAAACUGAACCCAACUCAGAAGUCAGCAAAAUCUCUAGUGAGAAAAGUUCAAAAGAAAAAGCUUUGAGAAACAGAAGUUCGUCCAGCAGCAGCAGCGGGAGUAGCAGCACCAGUGGCAGUACCAGCAGCAGCAGUAGGUCAAGGAGCUCCACGUCCAGCAGUAGUACUGAAAGCAGUAGUAGCUCCACCUAUUCUUUUUCACCAAAGAGAAAGAAAAAGUGGAGCCAUAGCAGAUCGCCCUCCCACAAGACUAGGCGUCGCAGUAGAAGUCAAAGUUACUCCCGCCCACACAGGAGGGAGAGGAGUAGAAGCAGGGAUCAGCUCAGGAGAAAUAGUCGAAAUGGGAGUUGGGAAAAAGAGAGGCAUAGACAUCGCAGUGGUUCUCGGAAUAGGAGAAGUAGGGACAGGCACAGGAGCAGAAGCAAAAGUGAUGUUAAGCGUGUCAGUCGCAGUAGGAGCAAAGAAAGACGUAGAAGUCCUGAAAGACGUAGGAGUCGUAGUGGAGGUAGAGUGAAACAAAGGGUCAGCAGUAAAGACAGGGACAGGAAAAAGAUUAGGAGUGGAAGCACUGAAAGGGUUAGGAAGAGAGAGGAGAAGAAAAAGGAUAAAGAAAAGGAGCAGGACAAAAAGAAAGACAAACAAAAAAGUAAGGAUAAACAAAAGGACGAUAAAGAUGGUAGUAAGUCAAGCAGUCAAGAUGAAAGUAAGCUAAAACGCAAGAGAGAAUCAGAGCGGACUUACUCGCGCAGUGGCUCCAGUAAACUUCCACAACAGUAUUCUAGGCAGGAUAGCAAGUCCAGCAAGAAAAGAUCUACAAAGGAUGGUAAAAAGCACUCGGACACCGAAUCUAGUGCAAGGAGCAGCUCAUGUUCUCCGGAUAGCAGAGAGAAGAAUGCAAAGAAAUCAAAAUGCAGUCGUUCAAGAUCAGUGGAAAAAUCUCAAAGGUCUGGUAAGAAGGCAAGCCGCAAACACAAGUCUAAGUCACGAUCAAGGUCGAGAACACCCAAUAAUCGUAAGCAUUAAGGGGGAAAGUUUUCUGGCAUCCUUGCCAUGAUCAGAAAUUCCAUGAGUUUUGGAGGAUUGUCUCAUUAUAGAGGCAUACUUGACAACUGUGUAGGUGUUUAUAUGUACAUAGGUGUAAAUUUUUUCCAAGUGCUGUCUAUAGUUCAGUACUUACUUAAGGUUUUAUUUGUAUUGCAUUCUUCAGAGAUUAUUCACACUGUAAAACAGUUUGCUUUCAGUUGUAAUAUUUUAACAUAAAAUUUACACUAACUUUAGUUGGCUGUCAAUAAACUUUUCAGGUUGGUUUUGUUACACAUUUCCCAUUGUUUAUUGCUGAUAUUUAUGGCGUUUUAAAAGGUAUGUAGAUCAAACCUGAAGGAUGUUGAAAGAGGAUCACUUGAAUACAAAGCAGUAAUGUCCACCUUUUGCCUACUACACAUAAACAAAAACAGUCAUCUGGAUUCUGAGAGCCUCUAAUUAAUUCAUACCUGUAAUCUGUAAUUUGUUUAAAGCUGUAUAUUAAAUUUCUUCAGAUUUCCUCUGUUGCACA